GACGCUCGUAGUCUCUGGGGGUGGGCAGGGGGAUGAUGUGGCGUGCUGGGAGUGGGGAAGAAAUAAUGCAGUCGGCUUUGGACUUCAGGCGGGCUCAAAUCCUAGCUGCGGUCAUUACUGACUAUGAAACCUCGGCUGCCUGGCUGUCUUUUCCCAAAGCAUUUCCCCUUCUCUAAAACACAGAUGGCUGGAUGGAUGUGUGAUUAUUGAACGCUUCGAGAUGGUCCAGGUUCAAGGAGUGGAGACGGUGGAAAAGGAAAACAAUGUAGGGACACUGGCAGAACUGGAGAUGGCACUGUGUGUGUGCGUGUGUGUGGCAGGGGAGUCCUAGAGGAAAGGGACCCCAAGAGCUCAAGGCAUGCGGGAUGCAGGGAAGAAGCGCCACGCGAGCUGGGACCUUACAAGAUCACUGAGUUUUUAUUUGGCAGACGAGUAGGAAGGAGAUUUUUAAGCUGUGGAGGUAGCAUGGAUAAAGCCACCGUGGCCAGAAACGCAGGCUGUGCAAGGGAGACGUGAAGAGCAAAGCAGGAGUCAGCAGCCAGACUGUGCAGGACUUGGGGAAAAUGCUUACAGGCCGCUGGUAGGGCUGCGCUGCAAAUGGGUGCAGGUUUUGGAAGGCAGUUUGGCUCUCUGUACUGAGAGCAUAAGUGCAUGCUCCUUUUGAGCCAAAUCUCCCCUUCUAGGAAUUUAUUCCAUGCCUCUCUACUCGUACAUGCACACACAGACAUUUGUGCAAGGAUGUUCCUGGCAGCAGGGUUUAUUGGUGCCCCCAAAACUGCGGAGACUAAAUAUCCAUCUGCAAACGACUGGCUACUUAGGCAUGGCCCGUCUACCCAGUGGCAUGCUGUGCUGUGGUCAGAAAGGGUGAGCCAGACAUGUGUGCCCUGGCAUGGGUCAAGAUAGGGUAGUGUAUGUUGUAAACUCUGUCUCUGACUCAGUUUGAGUUUUUUGCGCUAAAGUAAUGAUUACUGCACAUUAAUAAACGUAACACCCCCCCUAAAGAGACAUAGUAGUGUAGAAAAAAGCAGCAUAUUAGAUGAUUAUGUGUUGAAUGGAUCAAUUUUGAUGCAGAAAAUUACAUAUGUGCUUAUAGAUACUAUAUUUAAUGCAUACAAGUAUAUAAAUUUUGGAACCAAAAUAUAUUUAUAUAAGUAUAUAGUGGUGCAUAUACAUACUUAUCACAUAUUACACAUUAUGCACAGGCAUCUCACAUACAAAUGUAUACAUACAGUUCACCCUCUGUAUUCAACCAACCAACCAAGAUCAAAAAUACUUGGAAAAUUUGGAUCUGUCCAGCACAUGUAGGGACUUUUUUUUUUUGUCAUCAUUUUAAACUAUUGACAUAGCAUUUAUGUUGUAUUUUAAGUACCUGGAGAUGAUUUAAAGUAUACAGGAGGAUGUGGGUGAGUUUGAUGCAAAGGCCAUUUGAUUGAGGGACUUGUGGACCCGCUGACUUUGGUGUCUGCUGAGGGUCCUGGAGCCCUUCCCGUGUGGAUACUGAAGGAUGGCUGUACUUAUUUACAGCCAGAUAUACAGGGACACCUCAGCAGGUUUGCAAAGCACAGCUCAUUGUUAGUGCUUCUGGCAAGUGGGCCUGAGAAGGCUCCGGACAGAGACUUGUAAGUUUAUCACUUCCUUUUUUGCAUUGUUUGAUUAUUUAACUUUGGGUAGUGUGAUAUUAGAAACUAGCACGGGAGACAUUGUUUUCAGUUUCACGGCACUAGACUUGCUCUCUUCCUAUGUUUGGGGCUUCCUGUAGGUGGCAGAGCCUAUGUCCCCUUCUAAAACCUGGCCGUGCCAAAUACUUGCUUUUCUAGCCUGCCUUGCAGCCUGGAUACAGGCCUAAGUUGUGCAGCCUCAGACACAAACAGCCCUGACUGGGAACUUGAGGCUGAUGGGAACGAGAAGCAGGGGAAUGAAGGGUGAUGGUGUUGAUGGAGGAAGCUCUUGCCAGGGGCCCUAGGCAACUCUCAUCCAGGAACGUCCAGCACCAAGAGGGCAACAGCCUUGUCAUGCCCACCCAUAGCAUCAGCAGAGACUGCAUGGGCCUGGUGGUGGUAGCAUUUGAGGCAUCACUUUGAGCUGCCCAGAAUUUGUUAAUAAACUCCUAUCCACUAAUAUUAGUUACACACGAUUUGUGUGGCUCUAUCUUUUGAUCUCUCAUCCCUUUUGCAAAAAAAUUAUCACCCUGUUUCCUAUUGCCUAGAUUUUACUUUACUCUUCAUUUAUGUUCUGGGUUUCUCAUAUAAGAAAAACCAUGUGUUAUUUAAGCUUGUGUGUCUGAUUUAUUUCUCUUAACAUUGUUGUGUCAAGGCACAUCCAUUUUCCUACAAAUAUAAGUUUACUCUUCUUUAUGGCAGAAUAGUACUCUAUUGUGUAUAUUCCUUAUCCAUUCAUCUGUUGAUGGACUUGAAAGUCACUUCUACAAUUUAGCUGUUGUGAAUUGUGCUGCUAUAAAUUUGGGUAUGUGUGUGUCACUAUAAUAUGUUGUCUUUUACGCUUUGAGGAAGAUACAUAGAAGAUUAUAGCUGAGUCAGACAGGAUUUCUAUUUUAAGUUUUUAAAGGAUUAUCCAUGCUGAUUUCCACAAUGUUUAUACUAGUUUACAUUUCCACAAGCAAUGUAGAAGCCUCACCAGCAAUUGUUAUUAUUUGAUUUCUUGAUAAGUGCCAUUCUUUCUGUUGUGAAAUGGAAUCUCAGUGUUAUUUUAAUUUGCAGUUCUUUUUUUUUCUUGGUACCGGGGAUUGAACUCAUGACUUCAUGCUUGCCAGGCAGGUGCUUAUGCUGCUGAGCUAAAUCCCCAGCCCCAAUUUGCAUUUCUUUAAUGACCAAUGAUGUUGAACACUUUUUCACGUAUUGGCCAUUUGUACUUUUCUUCUAUAGAAUAGAAGUGUCUAUUUAUUUUAGUUGUCCAUUUUUAAUGGGGUCUUUUAUUCUGGGGGGUCUAAUUUUUUCAAGCGCUUUGUGUAGUCUAGAUAUUUGUCCAAUGUGUAACUGUUAACCCUUUUUCCCAUUCUGAAGCUUGCCUGUUCACUCUGUUGAUUGUUUCCUUUACCAGACAGAAGUCUUUUAAUUUGAUAGAGUCUCAUUUGUUGAUUCUUUAUUAUUUGUGCAGUUGGAAUUCUGUUCAGAACGUCCUCACCUAUACCCAUGACUGCAAGAGUUUUACCUCUUAUCUUCCAGAAGGUUGUUUCUGUUUCAUUGCUUAGAUUUUUGAAUGUACUGGAGACUAUGGUUCUAACUUCAGUCUUUUGCAUGUGUAUAGAGAACCUUCCAAGCACCAUUUGCUAAAGAAGCUGUCUUUUCUCCAGCAUAUGUUUUUGGCCCCUUCAUCAAAGAUCAGGUGACUGAAUAUGCCUCACAUUGUUUCUACAUCCUCUAUUCUAUUCCACUGGUCCACGUCUGGUUUUGUGCCAAUAUCAUGCUGUUUUUAUUAUUAUAGCUUUGUAAUAUAACCUGAAAUCUAGUACUAUCGUGUCCCUUGUUUUGUGCUUGUUGCCCAGUACUCAUUAUUCUAUUCUGGAUCUAUUCUGGUUCCAUCUGAAUUUCAAAAUUGAUUUUUCUAUUUCUGUGAGGAAUGUUGCUAGUAUCUUAUUAGGGGUUUGCAUCAAAUUGGUGUAUAGGAUUUAGGAUAAUGUCUUUCUGCUGUCUAAUGUCUCUUUCAAUCUUCUUUUUCAGAGUGCUGAAGUUGCCUUUAUAGAAUUCUUUCACAUCCUUAGUCAGGUUAAUUCCUUGAUGUUAUUGUGAAUGGUAUUGUUUUCUAAUUUCUUUCUGGGUGGAUUAUUAUUGGUAUAGAACAAUGCUAUUGAUUUUUGUAUGUUGAUUUUGUAUCCUGCUACAUUGCUGAAUUUGGUUAUUAAUUCUAGGAGCCUUGAUGGAAUUUUUGGGUCUUCAGUGUAAGGAUUAUGUUACCUGCAAACUGUGAUAAUUUGAUUUCUUCCUUUUCUAUAUGUGUCCUCUUUAUUUUUUUCCUCUUACUGUAUUGCUUUGAAUAAUGUUUCUGUUACUCUACUGGAUAGGACUGGUGCUACUGGGCAUCCUUGUUUCACUCCUGAUUUCAGUUUUCCCCAUUUAAUAUUACUUUGGUAGAAGUUUUGUUGUAAAUGGGUUUCAUUAGAUUGAGAGGGAGUCCUUCUAUGUGUAUUUUUUCAGGUUUUUUUUUAUCAUGAAUGGAUGCUGAAUUUUGUCAAAGGCAUUUUCCACAUCUAUUGAGGUGAUCAUGUGAUUUUUCUACUUGCUUCUGUUUAGUAUGUGAUGUAAUACAUUUAUCAAUUUGUGUAUGUUCAACCAUCCUUGCAUUUCUGGGAUAAAACCUACUGGUUCAUGAUGUAUGCUCUUUUAGAUGAUUUGCUGCAUUCAUUUGCCAAUACCUUGUUGAGAUUUUUGCAUCUAUGAUCAGUAAAAAGACUGGCCUGUAGUUUUCUUUUUCAAUUGGAUCCUUGUCUGGCUUUGGAAUUAGGGUCAUGCUAGCUUCCAGGAGUGAGUUUGAAAGUACUUCUAUUUUAUUUCAUUAAAUAGCUUGAGGGAUAUUGACAUAUCCUUCCUGAAAGUCUUGUAGGGUUAGGCAGUGAACCCAUCAAGUCCUGGGAUUUUCUUAGUUGGUAGAUUUUUUAUUACUUCCUCAAUUUGGUUAUUUAUAUGAGUCUAAGAAUUUGUUCCUUUCUUCAAGAGUCUCCGAUUUAUUGGAGUAUAGUUUUUCAUAGUACAGUAGAUGCUAAUGAGUCUCUGGAUUUCAUUGGUCCCCUUUUCAAUUUUCCCUUUUUUAUUUCUAAUUUUGUUGGUCAACUCUUCAUCUGGGAGUGGUGGGACACACUUGCUAUCCCAGGACUUGGGAGGAUAAGACAGGAGUCUUGCCAUGAGUUCAAGGCCAGCCUGGGCUACACAAGCAAGUUUACGGCCAACCCGAACUACAUAGCAAGAUCCUGUCUCAGAACAAAACAAAAAAACAGCUCUUAAAUUUGUUGAUUCUUUUUUUUGUUUGUUUGUUUGUUUCAAAUUCAUUAAUCUCUGCGCCAAUCUUUAUGAUUUCCCUCCUUGUAUGAAGUUUGGGUUUGGACUGUUCUUGUUCUUUUAGCUUCUUUGUUAACUUUGAACUUGCAAUGAUCCUCCUGCCCCAGCCCCCAGGUGCUGGGGUUAUAAGUGUGCUCCACAAUGCUGGCUCUUCUUUUAGUUUCUUGAGUUGCAUCAUUAGGUUGUUUAUUUGAGUUCAUUCUGUUUUUCUAAUGUAAGCAUUCAUGGCAGUAAAUUCUUCUCUUAGGACUGUUUUCAUUGUGUUCCAUUGGUGCUGGUAUGUUGUGUUGGCAUUAUCAUCUGAUUCUAGGAAUUACUUAAUUUCUUGAUUUCUUCUGUGAAUCUCUGAGUUAUUAGGAGUGAGUUGAUGUCUAGCUGUUCAUGAAAUUUCUGUAAUUUCUUUUGCAAUUGACUUCUAGUUUCAGUGUGCUAUGAUCUGAUCGGAUACAUGGGAUUAUUUUCAUUCUUUUGCGUUUGUUUAAGCAGGUUUUAUAGAUUAAUAUGUGAUCUAUUUUGGAAAAAGUUCCAUAUACCGCUGAGAAAAAUAUGUAUUCUAUUACACAUAGUAGGAGAGAACACUGUAGAUAUCUAUUAAGUCCAUUUGUUGGAAGCUGCGGUUCAGCUCUGAUAUUUAUUUGUUAAUUUUUCCUUUAUUGUUUAAUUACUUGCUUUGUGUGUCCUGCUUUUGGCUUUGUAGACUUUGUUGUCUCUGGAUAUUCUUGAGUAUUUUUUGACAUGCUGGUUUGGUGUUCAUGUAUCUCUUUAGCUGUUCUUUGUCAUGGAAUAUGCUUAUUUCUCCAUCAAUUUUGACAAUUUUGCAGGGUAUAUUAGUCUGGCAUGGAAGUUUUUUUGUUUUUGUUUUUGUUUUUUUUUUUGUCUUUUUCGUUUUUACUGGUACUAGGGAUUGAACUUUCGACUGCCUGCUUGCAAGGCAGGCGCUUAUGCCGCUGAGUUAAAUCCCCAGCCCUGGAAGUGGUUUUUUUAGGGCUUGGAACAAUCUACUCUAAGCUCUCCUGGCCUUUAAGGUUUGUGUUGAAAAGUCUGCUGUAACACUAACAGGUUUACAUUUAUACAUGAUGUUUUGCUUUUCUUUGACAGCUUUUAAGAAUCUUUUUGUUGGGUGGCUGGGAUUUUAAUAUGAUGUUCCAUGGGGGACUUCUGUUUUCAUUGUAAUUAUAUGAUGUUUUAUAAAGCCUCACUUACCUGUAUGUUGCAUUAUUUCCUUAUACUUUGAAAGUUUUCUACUAUGAUUUUUAUAAACAGAUUUUUACAAAUGUAAUGGAAGUUAUUUUCUAAUUUCUGGCUCCAAUUAGCUUUAAUUUAGACUUCUAAGCAUCAUAAUUUUGAUACUUUCACCCUUUCCAGGCUGCAUGGUACUGGAUAUUUGAGGUGUGCAGACAUGGAGAGGAAGGGUAAAGGGAAGUGGGUAUGUCCUUGGGAAAAGAGGGAGAGAAAUGUCAGGAGGUAAAAAGCAAGUAGGAAGUUGGACUCCACUGGAAUUAUUUGUGCCUGAGAGAAAGCACUGGAACUGAGGAGGGCUGAGAGAAUGUGUGUAGGUAAGAAGGCGUGUGUAGUGGAUUAAUGUGUAUUUAGAGGUUUAAGGAGAGAGUGAGACUGUUGGUGCCUGUUAAAAUGUUUGUGGGUAAUUUUGUUAGGUUCCUCUAAACCCACUUUUGUUAAGGAUUACCCUGACAUACCUCUAAAUGGUACGUUUAAUUUAUAGUACUGGUUAGUUCUUGCUCUCUACUGUGGUUUUGCAGUCCCUUAUUAUAUUUGUGACACUGGAGAGAUGGAAGGGAGGAGGACCAGGGGAAAGAGGCAAGAGAAGGAGAAAUAGACAAAAACUUAAGACUAAAGCGGGCAGACAGCAGAUAGGAGGAAAGACUAGAAGAGACGUAGGUCCAGGAAAAUCCUUGAAACUUAAAGUAUUACAAUCGUCCAAUACCAAUAAAGAAAUCUGAAAGAAAGAGGAGUUAGAAAAAUGAAAAUAGGAACCAGAAAGAACAGAAGAAGAAGAAAAAAAACCUAGAUGGCCUACACCCAACAAAAUAGCAAGGUUAUAAAAACUACAGUUACCGAUGUAGCGCUAAGAAUAAAGACCUUCACACAGUUGUUACAGCAUUAACCCCGGUUCCACACAACUCCAUCACUGUCUGGUAUCAGUUACGCAUGCAGUUCCUUCUGUGGGCCCAACAAUCGCCUGUUGAAGCCUUGAGGCCUGUUGCUUCCCCCUAACUCACUUGCUGGUUUUGAACUCUGGCCAUGCAACCCCCACCAUCUCUGUGGACGUGAUGAUGAUGACGGUGACGAUGGUGAUGGUGAUGGCAGUGAUGAUGACGGCGAUGACUGUGUGUGUUAGGAAAUCUCUCAUCCCAUUGUGCUGCUGCUGCUGCCCACUGGCCAACCCUAUGUGGAAAUUAAAUUUGUCCUCAUUUUGUUUUCGGCCUCCUUGAGUCUCUGGGUGAGAAACGUCUUCCCCUGCUGCUCCCACUGGGGAGGACAGCAUUGACUGUGGAUCUCUUCAGUCUCCCAGACUAGCACUGCUCCCUCUUCGGGUCCUUUUUCAAAAUGUCUACAGUGGGUGUGAGGUGAGGUGUGGAGUACAAUAAUCCAGGAGUGGGCCAAUUUUCCCCUUCCCCACCAUCUAAAUAUAGACCCAGCUGGAUUGUCUUUUCCUGUAUCCUCCCACAUCAGACUUCAUCUUUCAUCUCGCCUCAGGCUAACUGCUUUUCUUCAGCACCAAAUUGGAGACACUGCCCCUGGCUCUGGCCCCUAGAGGGCCAUCAUGGGUCCUCCUCCCUUUCUGAGGUACCAUUCAUGGCACAUGAUUCCAUCUUCAAGGUCACCCCAUGCUUCAUGAUAGCUGCUGAAGUUCUAGUCACCAUCAUAACAUUUACCAUGAAUACCCAAAUCCUCUUACCUAGACUUAGCAAUUGUUUACAUUUGCCACAUUUUUUUCUUGUCACGUUACAUGGUAGCCCCAGUAGGGGGGUGCUGGGGUGCCACUUUCUAGCGCAAGUUUCCGGACGCUUCACUGUUGCCUACCCCAGCCCCACUUUAAGGCACAGGACAGCAAAGCCCAGGCUCCUGGGCCCUUCUGGCUUCUCAUGGACCCCCUGCCGUUUCUCUUCUCUUACUCCUUAGACAAUGGCAUUCCCAUUCUUCUCUCUCCCCUUCCAAAGGGUGUACUAAGAGUGACUACUGGAGCUUUGGGGAGGGAAGGAUGUAGGACAUGGGGAAAACCCCAGUGGGAAGAGUUCUCUGCAGAGGAUCUCAGGGAUCGCAGCCCUGCCUGGGUUCUGUGAAAAUGCCUAAACCCUGUGCAUGAUGCCUGGCUGUGGGAUUAAAUACUUAUCAGUCUUCCUACUGUCCAGAGACCUCAGGGUGGACAGGAAGAUAGACAGGCAGGCAGGCAGGCGGGCUCUCUGCUGGGCAGGUAGGGUGCACAUCCCACUCCAAGAGGGCCAUGGUGAAGAAGCUUGGACAAAGGAGGCACUGGAGGAGGCCCAGGCUUUAGGAGAGACAAGAAUCUCAAUUUGCUGGAGGAAAGGGAGGGAAAUGGGUGGUAUUUACUAAACACCUACUGUGUAAGUAUCUAUUCUAACAUUAGCCACUAAAAGCGAUCCUUCCCAGUAGGCAUUGUCAUCCUCAUUUUACAACAAGGGAAUGAAAUGAGGGUGGGGGUCCCUGGCAUUCCUCCUCUUCAAUCACAGUGGAGCGGAGAUGAGCUGUCCCUCCUGGGUGCAGCCCAAACUGCAGGUAUGUGAGCCUGACAGAUGGCUCUCACUGUCUUAAGUCCCUCUGUUUGGGGUGUUGGUGUUUGUUAUGCAGCAACAGAUACUGGAACAUCAUGCCUCGCCUCUCCAGGGCCUACCAAGCACCACUGAGUCUCCUUUUCAAUACUUCUUAAGUCUACCAUCUCCUCUUCACCUCUCUGCUACCCUCUCUGUCACUUGGCCAGCUGCAUUAGCGUUCUCAUCCACAUCCUCUGCUCACUGUGCAGCCACAGGUUCUAUAUAUCCAUCCUGAGAUCUCACCGGGAUGUGUGAGUUACCUCCCCAGGCUAGCUGUGGUCACUCAGAGCACAUGGUAGCUGGCCACUGCUCCCAGGGACAAGGACUUAUCCACUCCUUUCCCCCUGCAGGCUCGAGUCUCACUGGCCUUUCUUCUCUUCCUCCAGCACCCCAUGCUAUCUAUCUCUGCCUCACAUACGGUAUGUUCCUCACUCCUGUACCUCUCACUCAUGGGAAUAAAUGCUUCUGAGCUAAUUAAUCGUUUCCUGGAUGGAGUCCCUGACCAACAUCACUAGGGAACUGGCUGGAAAUGAACAUUCUUAGGCCCAAUCCCCAACCCAAGAAAUCAGAAACCCCUGGGGCAGGUUUGGGCCAGCAGGAGGUUCUGAUCCACCCACUUGAGAACCACUACUCCAAAGUUCUAUUAUGGAUCAUGGACUGUUACCUUCUCCUUUCUGCAAAUUGCUUUCAGAGGUUUGUGCUUGUGAGAGCUCAGGCCUUUGUGAGAUUAUCUGAUGCAUGUCUGUCCUUCCUGUAAGACCUGAGCACGGGGGCAGCAGGGUGUGUGUGUGUGUGUGUGUGUGUGUGUGUGUGAAAGAGAGAGUUAAACCCAGAGCUUUGCACAUGUAGGCAAGUGUUUUACCACUGAGCUUCCACCCAGACCUCAUUUAUUGCUCCUUACUGCAUCCGGGCACUUAGCCUGUGCCGGACACAUGCCAGGGUGUGAUAAAGGAUGCAGGCUGAGCUGACGUUGACUGUCAGCCUCCAGCCAGCCAUGGAUACCCAUGUGUGGGAAGUGGAAAGGACAGGUCCUUUCAUGGCUCUGGGACCCUGAAAGUGGUGGAGGGAGGAUAGGAAAUGUCUGAGAUCUUGACAAGGUCAUAUCCUCUGCAUGAAAGAGGCUGUUCAGAAGAUACGAAAGGGUAUCCAGAGACAGGGCCCCUCCCAUUUCCCUUCCUAAUCCCUCCCUGGCUCUGUAGACCUCAGCUGACUUCCAUUGAGCAAGGGGGCCUUACCUUGUGUGGGCUGCACGUGAUUUACAUUAUUCAUAAUAAUAAGCUUCUGAGGUGUACGUUAGCAUUCCUACUUUACAGAUGGAGAAACUGAGGCUCAAUGAGGUUCAGUCACUUGGCCAAGGUGAGGGUAGGGCAAGACUUGAAGCCAGGUCAUAUGACUGUGGCCCUGAGCCUUGCCAUGAAGGCCAGAGUGGGAACACUCAGAUGGAGCAGGAUGGUAGGUGGCGCUAUGUGGGGCCAAAUGAAUCCUUCCAUGGGGCAACCCCAGCCAUGGUGGACGGUGGAACUUGGAGGCAGAGGGCCUAGUGGUGCCAGACCUUCCCAAAUUGUCAAGCAAAAGUCAGAGAGUAGAUUUUAAUAUAAAAUCUUCCUGUUGCUCAAUGUUAGCAAACAAUUACAUUUUUAGAAAGCUCAGCUGGGCGUGGCGGUACACACCUGUUAUCCCAGCACUGUGGGAGGCCAGAGCAGGAACAUUGUAAAUUUGAGGCCAGCCUGUGCAACUGAUCGAGGCCUUGUCUCAAAAUAAAAAUGAAAAACCUGCAUCUGGUCACCAAGUUUGACAAAACAAAAACAAAACAAAACUCAGAAGCUUCCAGAGGUAAAGACUACACUUGGAUAAGGCGGAGUGGCUGAGCAAUACCAGACAGCCCCCAUGACCUCACCGAUGCGUCAGUGCUGCUACUUCUGCCAUCUGCUGGGCAGUCUACUUUAAAUUCAGAGUCAUCGCCCUCAGCAGAACACAGACCCCAAACACCUUCAUUGCUCUGGCCACUGGGAGCAGCUGGAUCUGUCUGGUCACAGCUGUAUCUGGAGCCCUAGCUGCAUGCAAAAGUGCUCACUAAAGGCUUGCAGAUGGAGAGUUCUGAUGGGCAGCCUCCUUUCCUGCCUGCUGACUCCUCCCCCUUCCCCCACCCAGGGCAGGUGGGCAGGGUACCGCUGUAUUAAAAGCCAGCAGCUGGAGAUCGUUGGGUCCCUGUGGAGCUUGAGGCUUGUCAUGGCUACCUCCUACCCUGAGACUGAGGCUGAGGGUGGACUUGGGGAGAAGAAGGAGGAGGAGAAAGAGAAAGAGAAGGCAGAAUUGGGGGUGUACACGGGAGAGAAGGCUCCAAAGUCUCCUGGGACCAGGACUCCGUUGCCUUGGAGGGGAAAGGCAAAGCGUGAAGGCUCCAUGGAGGUCCAGCCGGAGCUGCACCCCCUGCAGAACAGGUGGGCUUUGUGGUUCUUCAAGAAUGACCGUGGCCGAGCCUGGCAGGACAACUUGCAUCUGGUCACCAAGUUUGACACUGUGGAGGACUUCUGGGCGAUGUACAGUCACAUCCAGUUGGCCAGUAAGCUCUCUCCCGGCUGUGACUACGCUCUGUUCAAGGAUGGCAUCGAGCCCAUGUGGGAAGACAGCAGGAACAAGCGGGGUGGCCGUUGGCUGGUCAGUCUUGCCAAACAGCAGCGCCACAGCGAGUUGGACCGUCUGUGGCUGGAGACAUUGCUGUGUCUGAUUGGGGAAAGUUUCGAGGAGUAUAGCAAGGAGGUGUGUGGAGCUGUCAUCAACAUCCGUACCAAGGGAGACAAGAUUGCUGUGUGGACAAAAGAGGCAGAGGAUCAGGCCAGCGUGCUAUACAUUGGACGGGUAUAUAAAGAGCACCUGGGCCUCUCCAUGAAGACCGUCAUUGGGUACCAGGCUCACUUUGACACAGCCACCAAGAGCAACUCUUUAGCCAAGAAUAAGUUUGUGGUGUGAGGGGGGCCUUGGCACCACUCUUAAUGAGCAGUGUAGCCACCCCUGACUUUCUCCAAUGUGGGGUAUUAGGGGAAGUUAAGGCUAUACAGCUGAUCCUGGGCAGGACUGGAAGGCAGAUCACCCAGUUUUACCUGUCCUGAAGUACAUAGGAACACUUUUUUGUUGGUUUGUUUGGGGUUUGUAUGGUUCUAAACAGUUGGGCUGAAGCAAUACUACUGCAUCAGCUUACUAACUAGCUUGGACCACAGGGACUUACUACUUUGACUGGUAUCAUAAGAACAGUCCUUAAAGUGAGUUGGGCUCAGGCCUACAGGUACAGCAGUGGCUGGCAGCAGUCUGAGGUUCUAGCCUUGCCUGGUACCACAGGGCCAUGAAAAGGUAGAGGAAAUUCUUGGGUUUUCUGCCCAUACCUGGAGGCUGGAUGGACUGAGGGCAGAGAAAGCCUUGAACACCCUCUUGUCCAGUCUUCUAUGGACAGGGCCUGCCGGCUGGGGCCAAUACCCCUGUGCCUCGCCUGCCUUUAGGGCUAAACUAAAGGAGAGGUGGGAAGACCAGCCCCUGCCCCAGGACAGGAGCUAGGUGGUGGUUGAGGCCUCACCCUGGUUUUGUUAGAGAUGGAUUCACUUGAAGAUAAUUAACUUUAAGCCCCUUUCUGUACCUGUUCUAAAAUAAAUACUUUUCAACAA